AUGGAUGGAGAUAAAGGCAAAGUUUGUGUUACAGGUGGUACUGGGUUCUUAGCCUCAUCGUUGAUCAUGAGGCUCCUCGAACAUGACUACUCUGUUCACACCACCAUUAGACCUGACCCAGAGCGCAAGAGAGAUGUUAGCUUCCUAACAAGUCUACCAGGAGCAUCCGAGAAGCUUCAAAUUUUCCAGGCAGAUCUAAGUGACCCAGACAGCUUUGAUGAGGCUAUUAAAGGAUGCGUUGGAGUGUUUCAUGUAGCUACCCCUGUCGAUUUUGAAAACAAAGAACCGGAGGAAGUUGUCACCAGAAGAGCAAUUGAUGGAACAUUGGGCAUCUUGAAGGCUUGCUUGAACUCCAAGACCGUAAAGAGAGUAGUGUACACUUCCAGUGCAUCAGCAGUAGUGUUUAAUGGCAGUGGGGUGGACAUAAUGGAUGAGACUUUUUGGACUGAUGUAGAUUAUGUUAAGGCCUUAAAAUCCUUUGCAGGUCCUUACUUUAUUUCCAAGGCAUUAACCGAGAAGAGAGCUCUCGAAUUCUCAGAAGAACAUGGAUUGGAUCUUGUGACAAUAAUCCCUUCUUUUAUUCAUGGUCCUUUCAUCUGUUCCAAGUUUCCUGGCUCAGUGCACACAUCACUGGCUAUGGUACUGGGUGAGCAGCAGCAGUACGGUACUCUUUUGAAUAUAUCUAUGGUGCAUGUUGAUGAUGUGGCUAGGGCACACAUCUUCCUCUUUGAACAUCCUGACGCUGAAGGGAGAUACAUUUGUUCUUCAGAAACAAUAACCAUUGAGGACAUGUCUAAAUUUCUGUCUGCAAAGUAUCCUGAGUUCCCAAUACCGACAUCGGAAUCUUUGAAGGAUAUUAUAGGCUAUAGAAUCCCUGGUAUCUCGUCAAAGAAACUACUGAAUUUGGGUUUCAAAUUUACGUACGGGCUUGAUGAAAUGUUUGAUGGAGCAAUUCAAAGCUGCAAAGAAAAAGGUUAUCUUUAA